UUUGAACAUGCCUCGAAGCCCAACAUCGAGUGAAGAUGAAAUGGCACAGAGCUUCUCAGACUAUUCUGUGGAAUCGGAAUCAGACAGCUCCAAAGAAGAAACUAUUUAUGAUACAAUUAGAGCUACUGCAGAAAGGCCAAGCAGCAGAAUGGAAGACAGUCAGAGCAAUACAUUAGUGAUUCGAAUUAUAAUACCUGAUCUACAGCAAACGAAAUGCAUUAGAUUUAAUCCUGAAGCUUCAGUAUGGGUUGCAAAGCAACGAAUUCUGUGCACUUUGAAUCAGAGUUUGAAAGAUGUCUUAAAUUAUGGACUGUUCCAGCCUGCAAGCAAUGGUAGAGAUGGAAAAUUUUUGGAUGAGGAACGGCUUCUUAGGGAAUACCCACAGCCAGUGAAUAAGGGAGUUCCUUCCUUAGAGUUUCGGUACAAGAAGAGAGUGUACAAACAGUUCAAUCUUGAUGAGAAACAGCUGGCUAAGCUUCAUACAAAGGCUAAUUUGAGAAAAUUUAUGGAUCAUGUCCAUCAUCUCUCAGUGGACAAAAUCACAAAGAUGUUAGACCGAGGACUGGACCCCAACUAUCAUGACCUAGAAAGUGGAGAAACUCCGCUAACUUUGGCAGUUCAGCUUGACAAUACCGUGGAAGUGAUAAAAGCUCUGAAAAAUGGAGGAGCACAUUUAGACUUCAGAGCCAAAGAUGGAAUGACAGCUCUGCAUAAAGCAGCUAGAGCCAAGAACCAAGUAACCCUCAAGACCCUUUUAGAGCUUGGAGCAUCUCCUAACUAUAAAGACAGCUGUGGCCUGACCCCACUGUACCACACUGCGGUCGUGGGAGGGGAUCCUUACUGCUGUGAGCUCUUACUUCAUGAACACGCUACAGUCAGCUGCAAAGAUGAAAAUGGAUGGCAGGAAAUCCAUCAGGCCUGUCGCUAUGGGCACGUCCAGCACCUGGAGCACCUGCUCUUCUACGGAGCCGACAUGGGUGCGCAGAACGCGUCGGGAAACACCGCGCUGCAUAUCUGCGCCCUGUACAACCAGGAGAGCUGUGCAAGAGUGCUGCUAUUCCGGGGAGCCAACAAGGAGAUUAAGAAUUACAACAGUCAGUCUCCAUUCCAGGUGGCUAUAAUAGCAGGAAAUUUUGAGCUUGCUGAAUAUAUCAAGAAUCACAGGGAAGCUGAUAUUGUGCCCUUCAGAGAGGCUCCUACCUAUUCUAACCGGAGGCGGAGGCCGCCAAGUACCUUGGCCGCCCCUCGUGUCUUGCUCCGGUCCAACAGCGAUAACAACCUCAACAUCAACAACCUCCCCGAGUGGUCGGCCUCCUCUUCCGCCUCUUCCCACCGCAGCCUCUCGCCUCAUCUGCUUCAACAGAUGCAGAAUAAUCCUAAUGGCACCGUGAAAACUGUUGGGACUUACACGCCAUCCUCGCGGAGCCGCUCUCCAUCCCUGAACAGGCUGGGAGAAGAUGCCAAGAGGCAGCAGCACAGGCACAUCAGUGCCAGUUACAGUCCUAGUGCCAACAAGGAUACACUCUCCGUCUUGGAUUAUCAGGGCCCCAAACGCAAACUUUACAGUGCUGUACCUGGAAGACUUUUUAUUGUCGUAAAGCCAUAUCAACCUCAAGGAGAAGGGGAAAUUCACCUGCACAAAGGAGACAGGGUGAAAGUUUUAAGCAUCGGUGAAGGUGGCUUCUGGGAAGGCAGUACCCGCGGACAUAUAGGAUGGUUUCCUGCAGACUGUGUCGAAGAAGUUCAGUGUAAAUCGAAUGAAAUCAAACCAGAAACACGAACAGAUAGAACAAAGAAACUGUUUAGACACUACACAGUGGGAUCCUAUGACAGCUUUGAUGCUUCAAGUGACUGCAUCAUUGAAGAAAAGGCAGUGGUCCUGCAGAAAAAGGACAAUGAAGGAUUUGGAUUUGUGCUCAGAGGGGCAAAAGCUGACACACCUAUUGAAGAAUUCACCCCAACUCCAGCCUUUCCUGCUUUGCAGUACUUGGAAUCAGUGGACGAAGGGGGAGUAGCAUGGCAAGCUGGCUUGAGAACUGGAGACUUUUUGAUCGAGGUUAAUAAUGAGAAUGUGGUGAAGGUCGGACACAGGCAGGUGGUGAACAUGAUCCGGCAAGGGGGCAAUCACCUAGUUCUUAAAGUUGUCACAGUAACCAGGAAUCUUGAUCCAGACGACACAGCUAGAAAGAAAGCCCCACCACCUCCUAAGCGAGCUCCAACCACUGCACUGACCUUGCGGUCUAAGUCAAUGACCUCAGAGCUUGAAGAGCUUGUGGAUAAAGCUUCAGUACGGAAGAAGAAGGAUAAGGUGGAUGAAAUAGUACCAGUUUCCAAGCCAUCAAGAAUUGCAGACAAUGCAACUGUGGACUCAAGAGUGGCAACUAUUAAACAGCGGCCUUCUAGUAGAUGUUUUCCCUCAGCUACAGAUAUGAAUUCCAUGUAUGAGAGACAGGGUAUUGCUGUGAUGACGCCCACUGUACCAGGGAGUCCUCAAGGUCCUUUUCUGGGUAUACCUCGGGGUACAAUGAGAAGACAAAAAUCUAUAGGAAUAACGGAGGAAGGCGAUCCUAUGUUGAAAUUUACCAGAAGUCUUUCGAUGCCGGACACUUCUGAAGACAUCCCACCACCACCGCAGUCCUUGCCCCCGUCACCACCACCACCUUCUCCCUCUCUUUACAACUCUCCCAAGUCCCCAACAUCGAGGAGCUAUGGAACAAUCAAACCUGCGUUUAAUCAGAACUCAGCUGCAAAAAUUUCUUUGGUUAGGCCUGAAAACGUGGGAACGAUGAUGCGGGACAAAGGGAUCUUCUACCGACGAGAACUGGACCGUUACUCGCUGGAUUCGGAGGACUUGUACAGCAGGAGUGCCACAUCUCAGGCAAAUUUCAGGAACAAGAGAGGUCAGAUGCCAGAAAACCCCUACUCGGAAGUUGGGAAGAUUGCAAGCAAAGCAGUUUACGUGCCAGCCAAGCCGGCACGGCGGAAGGGGAUGCUGGUGAAGCAGUCUAAUGUUGAAGACAGCCCGGAGAAGACCUGCUCUAUUCCAAUUCCCACCAUCAUCGUCAAAGAACCGUCUACCAGCAGCAGUGGGAAGAGCAGCCAAGGGAGCAGCAUGGAAAUCGACCCUCAGUCUUCGGAGCAACCUGGGCAGCUCAGGCCCGAUGAUAAUUUAGGCGUCAGCAGCCCCUUUGCAGCAGCCAUUGCUGGAGCAGUGAGGGACCGGGAGAAGCGGUUGGAAGCAAGGCGCAAUUCCCCAGCCUUCCUCUCAACGGACUUAGGAGAUGAGGAUGUUGGGCUAACACCCCCAACACCGCGUAUGAGGCAAUCUAAGUUUACUGAUGAAGGAAUGUUUAGUAGUGAAGAUGGUUUCCGACAGCUUAUGUCACCAUCUCCAGUCCCCGCACCCAGAGAGUCUGAAAGUGUUUUUAAUAGUAGUGAACCCAUCAAUCAAAGUGAUUCAAGGACAUUAAAUGCUUCAUCCAAACCAAAAGGCACUGAAAACAGUAUGGUGGCAGCUAAGCCCGCAAACACCUCCAGCCAGGAUAACUACGUCCACCCGGUCACAGGAAAGCUCUUAGACCCAAACUCACCGCUAGCCCUCGCCCUCUCUGCCAGGGACCGAGCCAUGAAAGAACAAACACAGCAAAUACCAGGCAAGGGAGAAGCUGGCAAAGCAGACCUUAACAAACCACUUUACAUCGAUACGAAGCUGCGACCCAACAUUGAAACAACAUUCCCUGUUACUGCUACUGUCACCAGGCAAAACACACGCGGCCCCUUGAGAAGGCAGGAGACAGAGAACAAGUACGAGACGGAGGUGGGGAAAGAAAAAAAGGCGGAGGAGAAGAAGAACAUGUUGAUAAACAUAGUGGACACUUCACAGCAGAAGUCGGCUGGUUUGUUAAUGGUCCAUACUGUGGACACGGCAAAGUCAGACGACACACCUGAAGAUGAAGAGGAGAAGAAGGUGGAAAUGGAACCGAGCCCUGAAAACUCCCCGCCAGAGAGACCAGAAGGGAGCGCGGAUGCGGAGGGCGAGCUGAGCGUGCCCUCUGCGCCAGAGCCACCAGCAUCCCCCUGCAAAACCAUCGUGGCGGCGAGCUCCGUCGACGACCCCGUCAUCUUGCCCUUCCGCAUCCCUCCCCCGCCCUUAGCGUCUGUCGAUAUCGAUGAGGAUUUCAUGUUCACUGAGCCACUACCACCCCCCUUGGAGUUCGCCAACAGCUUUGACAUCCCCGACGACCGCUUGGCCGCCAGUUCUGCUCUGACAGACCUGAUGAAGCAAAGGAAGAACGGAACGCCCUCACCCGCGCCAUUUACCCCCAGCCAGGCACCCAACUCCUUGGACAGUAAAAAGCAAGUGGGUAUUUCAAACUGUUUGCCUGCUUCCUUCCUGCCACCCCCCGAAAGCUUUGAUAACGUCACUGACUCUGGGAUUGAGGAGGUGGACAGUCGGAGUAGUAGUGACCAUCACUUAGAGACAACCAGCACUAUCUCAACGGUGUCCAGCAUCUCUACCUUGUCCUCGGAAGGUGGCGAGAACUUGGAUACUUGCACAGUCUAUGCAGAUGGGCAAACAUUUCUGGUGGACAAACCCCCAGUACCUCCUAAGCCAAAAAUGAAGCCCAUAAUCAACAAAAGCAAUGCACUUUACAAGGAUGCGCUAAUUGAGGAAACUGUAGACAGCUUUGUUAUUCCUCCUCCCGCUCCACCCCCGCCUCCGAUCAGCACACAGCCCAAUAUGGCUAAGGUUGUUCCCCAAAGGACAUCGAAGCUAUGGGGUGAUGUGACGGAGGUGAAAAGCCCGAUUCUCUCAGGCCCAAAGGCUAAUGUUAUUAGUGAGUUGAACUCGAUACUGCAGCAGAUGAACAGAGAGAAAUCCUCAAAGCCAGGGGAAGCAUUGGAGUCACCCACUGGAACAAAGACUGCAAGUCUCAGUACAAGGAGCACAGAAGUCAUGAGCACUGUCUCAGGUACCCGAAGUACAACAAUCACGUUCACUGUCCGCCCUGGAGCCAGCCAGCCGAUCACUCUGCAGAGCAGGUCCCCAGACUAUGACAGUAGGACCUCAGGAGCAAGGCACGCUCCCAGCCCUGUGGUUUCGCCUACAGAGAUUAAUAAAGACAUCCUGCCUGCUCCUCUCACUGCUUCUGCUUCAGCCUCAUCUCCUUCUCCAACUCUGUCUGAUGUAUUUAGCCUACCGAGCCAGCCCCCCUCUGGGGACUUAUUUGGCUUGACCACAGGGCGCAGCAGGUCUCCUUCUCCCUCAAUAUUACAACAGCCAAUCUCAAAUAAGCCUUUUACAACUAAGCCUGUCCACCUGUGGACUAAACCAGAUGUGGCAGAUUGGUUGGAAAGUCUAAAUUUAGGUGAACAUAAAGAAACGUUUAUGGACAAUGAAAUAGAUGGCACUCAUUUACCAAAUCUACAAAAGGAAGAUCUGAUAGACCUUGGAGUGACUAGAGUUGGGCACAGAAUGAACAUAGAAAGAGCUCUGAAACAGCUGCUGGACAGAUAAGAAUAGCUACUUUGCCUCAUAAACUUCUGUUGAUAACUAGAGAUGGGCUGGUACUGAACUACCCCAAUUGCCUUGUCUGUCUGCGAGUGCCAGCCAAACUGGGGGCGGGAGGGGGGGGGAAUGUUGCAUUCCUGGUACUCAGGUAACGCAGCCUGUGUGCGUCAUGCCCAAACAGAAACUAAACAUGUU